AUGACUGCCACCAAGGGCAAAGGGCCUAUUUUCGACCCAGGAUUAUGUAGAUGUUGUGGUAACAUGAAGAAAUGCCGUGUUUUGAAUGUGGAAUACGAGAGUUUAGGUCAAAAGGAGGUUUAUUCAGACAUGAUAAUGGACUGCUUUGGACUGCUGCUUUCUCAUCUCGAUGGGUCUCCGUCGGAGCGUCUAAUUUGCGCAAUGUGUGUGACUCGCAUUCGUGAUGCGCUCAGCUUCCGCCGUCAGGUGUUGAAGUGUGAAGAAGCAUUUUUGCAUAUGAAAAUAUAUGAUGCAAAGGCUGAAAGUAACGUCGGUGACCCUAAUAUGGUGGAUGCUUUAAUGGAGCCUCGUUUUAAAUCCUCAUUUAUUGAAGUGGAAGUUGUGAAAUCAGAACCUUUAGAUGCACUAGAUAUGGAUGAUCGGAGCGAAGCUGGUGACGCUCUCGGUGAUGCACUGGAUGACGACCAAAAACCUGAAAUAAGUCAAGAUUGGAAUUCAAAGGAUGAUAUUCUUAAACCACACGUAUUAAAUAGGAAAUCUGCCACUUCCUCCAGUAAGCGAAGAGAGACUAGAAGCCGUGGCGCUGCGAGCUUGGCUAAACAGAUGCUGAUGACCAAACGAAAUUUUGCCGAAAAGUUAAAACAGAAAUCAAGAUGGCCUGUAGGCCGAAUACAGCGACCUGCGGCCGACGCAACGGGAUCAUACGAGUCUCCUAUUAAAACAGAACUUCAAAUGUCGAAAUUGCAGCAACAAAUGCGAGAAAAGGACCCCAGCUACAAGAGAGAGACAAACAUACUAACGAUAGUGGAAUACUCCUACGUGUGUCCGUUCAAAUGCAGACACAACCACCUACUUUGCUACUACUGUGGUGAAAUAUUCUCAGAUCCUGUACUUCUCAGAGAGCAUACCAUAAAGAGUCACCACCCAAAGAAAUUCAAAGUCACAGAACACAGGAGUAUGAUCAAAGUCGAUUUGACGAGAAUCGAUUGUCGUCUCUGUACUGUCAAAAUUGAUAAUUUAGACGAGUUUCGAAGUCACAUCACUAGUGCACAUGAUAAGAAGUAUUAUUUUGACUUAAAAGAUUCGGUGUUGCCAUUUAAAUUGUCAAGGGAAGAGCUAAAAUGUGCCAUGUGCGAUGUUCUUUUUCCAUACUUUCAUGCACUGAAUAAACAUAUGAAUGAACAUUUUAGUAAUUAUGUUUGUGAAACUUGUGGCUUAGGGUUCGUGGACCAUGCUCGGUUUAUGAUGCAUCAGCAGCGACAUGAAGAGGGAGAGUUUCCUUGCCCCACUUGCGGCAAAAUCUUUAAGGCGCAGUACAAUCGAGAUCUUCACGUGGAUAGAGUACACCGCAAGAAAGGGCGGGUGUACUGCCCGAAGUGUGACGUCAAAUUGAUGUCCUACCCGCAAAAAUUGAAACAUUUAGUUGAGGUCCAUGGUGAAGAACCAUUGAGUUUCUCUUGCGACAUGUGCGAAAGGGUGUUCGAUUCACGGCGGAUACUUACCAUACACAAGCGUAAAGAACAUCUCAAAGAUUAUAGAUAUGAGUGUCAAUGCUGCGGUCAAAAAUUCUUUACCCGCUUUGCUUUAAACAACCACAUGCCAACACACACUGGCGAGAGAAACUUCAAAUGCAAAGUCUGUGAUAAGUCCUACCCUAGACUGAAGACGCUCAAAGACCACAUGCGGAUCCACACCAACGACCGCAGAUACAGGUGCCAUGUGUGUGGACAAGCCUUUAUACAAAACUGCAGUCUCAAAGGUCAUAUGAAGAGUCAGCAUCCGGAGUAUGGAUAA